AUGAGUACCGGGUUAUUUCCAUUCGUGGGACUUCCUCUGCCUCGAAUUUCCCCCAAGCCGAAGGCAAUCACCCGAGAUGAUAGAUUCGAAGUGAUUGUUAUUGGGGCCGGCCCAGCAGGUCUAAUGAUGACCUUCUUGCUUGCCCGGUAUGGUCUCACAGCCGAGUCCGUGCUGUGCAUCGACGCGAAAGCAAACCGCGUGCAAAAUGGCCAUGCGGACGGGCUCCAGCCCCAGACGCUGGAGGUACUUCGGUCACUCGGCCUGGCGGGUUCACUUCUUGACGAUGGCCGCCAUCUAUCGAAAUUCGCAAUCUGGGAACCGUCCGCGAUUGACGGCACCAUCCAGCGGUCGUCUCUAGCGCGCACGACGACGCCAUCAUCUCGCUACCCGCACGUAGUCACUAUCCACCAGGGUAAGGUGGAGCAGAUCCACGAGGCAGGACUGAUUCAGUAUUAUGCGACUGUGGUACAGCGUCGAAGCAGGCUCGUGGACGCGUAUAUCGACUCUGCCGGUGAUGUUGAGUUUCCGGUGGUGGCAAAGGUGGAAUGCGACGGCGUCGUGAAGACGCUUCGGAGUAAGUAUCUGGUGGGAGCGGACGAUUUCCCGGAUAUACGGAGACGCAGCUUGAUUAGGUCCAGGCACGGUACGGUGUUCGUGAUUCCCAGGGAGCGAAAUGCAAGUGGAGAAUAUUUGACUCGUCUGUAUGUGCGCAUGCCUUGCGAGCUCCAGCGCAUCUUGAAGCAGUAUGUGGUUUCAGACGCCGAUGACAUCGGCAAGAUCUUUCUCGUGGGAGACGGAAUGAAUUUUUCCAUGAUGGAUGCCUACAACCUGGGAUGGAAACUCGCCUAUUCCAUCAUGGGACUGACUCCGGUUUCUCUGGACUCACUCCAGCAGGAUGAGAUAUUGAAGACUUAUCACUGCGAGCGGUUUCCCAUCGCUCAGCAAUUGAUUGAGUUUGAUAGGCAGUACGCAGCGAAGUUUGCCGCCGCGAAGGAGAUGUCCUUGUGCGAAGAUAGAUCAACUUCUGGAGUCAAUAGCAUCCUGGGUUGUCGUCGCAGGAUAAAUGCGUUCUCUAGCGGAUGUGGUAUUGAAUACUCGGAAAGCAUCCUCACGAUAAAAGCAGGACAGGCGAUCUCCUUUUCAGGAUCAUGUCUGCUGGCUCUUACGCCUGGGACCAGACUACCGAAUGUCCGACUGAAAAGAUACGCAGAUGGAGAAUAUUGCGAUCUACACGAUGAGAUGUUUUCCAAUGGCCGCUUUCGGGUCCUGUGUCUAGCCUCAUCAGACUUCCUGAGCUCUGAUGGCGUAUCUGCGCGAGCUCUACACUGGAUUGGUGAGGCGCUGCUUCCUCACUUCCCGGGAGAUGUGAUCGAACAAUUUGUUAUCUACCCGUCCGAGCAAUGCCCCAGAGAUUGGAGUUGUCUUCCAUCGUCAGUUAAAUGUCAUUCUGAAAUGAGGCUGUAUGAUGGCUCGGCUGUGCAGGAUGCGUAUGAGCAGUUUGGAGUGGAUAUCCACCAUGGCGCACUGGUCAUUCUUCGCCAGAUGGCCACAUAG